CGGGGUCCUCUAUGAACUACCGUCUCCACGUGAGUUUAUCAACAUGGUGUGUAGCAUGUAGCCCAUGGCAGCCGCAAACAUAACCUGCUAGUUAUUAUAAAGUGAAUAUAUCUCUGAGAAGUUUAUUCAAGAAGUGCGAUGGCGACGGUCCGCAAGAAGGUAGACAAUCGGAUUCGGGUCCAGAUCGAGAAUGGAGUCGCUCUUCAGCACCGAACCAUGUUUGUGGUUGUGGGAGACCGAGGGAGAGACCAGGUGGUGAUCCUCCAUCACAUGCUGUCCAAAGCCGCCGUCAGAGCGCGACCCUCAGUCCUUUGGUGCUACAAGAAAGACCUUGGAUUUAGCAGCAACCGGAAGAAACGGAUGAGGCAGCUGCAGAAAAAGAUCAAAACUGGAACACUAAAUCUGAACCAGGACGAUCCGUUCGAGCUUUUCGUCGCUGCAACCAACAUCCGUUACUGUUACUACAACGAGACCCAUAAGAUCCUGGGAAACACCUACGGCAUGUGUGUUCUACAGGAUUUUGAAGCGCUCACCCCUAACCUCUUGGCCCGGACUAUUGAGACGGUGGAAGGAGGAGGAAUCGUGGUGAUUCUCCUCAGGACCAUGAACUCUCUGAAGCAGCUCUACACAAUGACCAUGGAUGUUCACUCCCGAUACAGGACUGAGGCUCAUCAGGAUGUAGUCGGCAGGUUCAACGAGAGAUUCAUCCUGUCCCUUUCAUCUUGUAAAAACUGCGUGGUCAUCGAUGACCAGCUCAACAUCCUGCCCAUUUCCAGCCACAUGGCGAACAUCAAGCCCGUCCCUCCAAAGACUCAGGAGGACGGUUUAUCUCCCAGAGAGCAGGAGCUGAAGGACAUUAAGGAGUCUCUGCAAGACACCCAGCCUGUCGGCGUGUUGGUGGAUUGCUGCAGGACCAUGGAUCAGGCGAAGGCUGUGCUGAAGUUUAUUGAAGCCGUUUCAGAGAAGACCCUGAGGAGCACCGUUGCUCUCACCGCCGCCCGAGGUCGAGGGAAAUCUGCUGCGAUGGGCCUGGCUGUUGCAGGCGCUGUGGCUUUCGGCUACUCCAACAUCUUUGUAACGUCCCCGAGCCCCGACAACCUCCACACCAUGUUCGAGUUCAUCUUUAAAGGCUUUGAUGCUCUGCAGUAUCAGGAACAUCUUGACUAUGAGAUCAUUCAGUCUCUAAAUCCUGAAUUCAACAAGGCAGUAGUGCGAGUGAACAUCUUCAAAGAGCAUCGGCAGACGAUUCAGUACAUCCAUCCUGGGGAUGCAGUGAAACUGGGCCAGGCGGAGCUGCUGGUCAUCGACGAGGCUGCAGCCAUUCCUCUUCCUCUUGUUAAGAACCUUCUGGGACCUUACCUGGUGUUCAUGGCCUCCACCAUCAACGGGUAUGAAGGCACCGGACGCUCUCUUUCUCUAAAGCUGAUCCAGCAGCUGAGGCAGCAGAGUGCAGAGAGUCAGCAGAACCUGUCAGCAGAGAACCGGAGCACCAACACAGCAAGACUGGCAGCAGCUCGCACUCUGCACGAGGUUUCCCUCCACGAGUCCAUUCGUUACGCCCCUGGUGAUCCGGUGGAGAGGUGGUUAAAUGAACUCCUCUGUCUCGAUUGUCUCAACAUUCCCAGACUCAUUUCUGGCUGCCCGCUGCCACAGGCCUGUGAACUGUAUCCUUUAUUUUUUCUUUUAAGUGUUUUGCUAAAUAGUUCAAUUCAUAAAAUGUCUUUUACAUCAAUCCUGAAAAAUAUAAUCUUGUAUUUUCACUUAGAAAUGAUGAAAUGGACCUCCCUGGUUCAACAGAUGGGUUACGGCUCCAGAGCUCUGCAGCAGCUGCAGAUGUACUACGAAGGCAAGUUUCCCACCAUGGAUGAGAGCGUGCAGCCGGCCAACACCCAGAUCACCUCUGUCAGCAGCGAGGCGGUCAGUCUGCUGGAGGAGGUGGUGACUCCUCGGAAAGAGCUUCCUCCUCUGCUGCUGAAGCUCAGUGAGAGAAGAGCCGAGAGGCUGGACUAUCUGGGAGUUUCCUACGGACUCACAGCUCAACUGCUCAAGUUCUGGAAGAAAGCAGGUUACACUCCGGUCUACCUAAGACAAACACCUAACGAGCUGACGGGGGAGCACUCCUGCGUGAUGCUGAAGGAGCUGAGCACGGAGGAGGCUUCAGAGCAGAGCCUGUGGCUGGCUGCUUUCUGGAAAGAUUUCCGCAGGCGCUUCCUGUCGCUGCUCUCCUACCAGUUCAGCAGCUUUCACCCCAGCCUGGCGCUCAACAUUCUGCAGAAUAAGAAGUUAAAGGAGGAGGCAACACCUCUGAGCAGCUCCGAGCUGGCGGCCCACUUCACCCCGUAUGACCUGAAACGGCUGGAGCUGUAUUCCAGGAGCAUGGUGGACUACCACCUCAUCAUGGACCUGAUCCCGACCGUCGCUCGCGUCUACUUCCUCAAGCAGCUGGGCGACGUCUCCCUCUCAGCAGCACAGUGUGCGCUGCUGCUGGGAAUCGGACUGCAGCACAAAUCUGUGGAGCAGCUAGAGAAAGAAAUCGAGCUGCCGAGCUCUCAGCUCAUGGGUCUCUUCAACCGUCUCAUCCGUAAAUUUGCGCAAGUGAGUUUCUCCUGA